GGGAGGCCACUGUGAUCAACUGGUGUUGCUAGCAGACUGCGCACGACGCAGCAUCAACAUUCAUCGUUUCGUGGGGACAGUGGAGUGCUGCGUUCAAGAUGCCGCUCUGCGUACCAGCGUUUUCUUCGGGGAAUGUCAAGCUCAAGUGUGACCAAAGUUCUUUUCUUUAGUUCUUGGUACAAAAUGUGGUGCUGUGUCACUUUUUUCGAUGGAUAAUUUUAUUACAUUUGUGUUGAAGUGGUAAAUGAUAUAAUACAGUAAAAUGAUGCUACUGCUGCGUUUAGGCAGUUAGCGUUAUUUGAGGCGGUAUUUUACUCCUCUAAUUAUUAUUUUAUUUACUCGCGUCCCCGGGUUCCCGAGGAAACACUCAGUGCUGUUAGAAUUCGUGCUUUUUUCUACGUGUUCGACACUUUCACUCUCAAGAUAUAAUACCAAUUAGACCUACAUCAGAGCAAAGAUAUGUUGUGUUUCUUGGAGGAAAAUUGUUCUGAGUGGUCAAGUCGUGAAGAAUUCAACACGGGUACCGUAAUAAUGUCAUUAUUAUGAUAAUGUUUCUGUUUGAGUUGAAAUUACAAGAAGCGUUUUGAAAGUGACAAGGAAAAUUCCCUUUUCAAUCGAUUAGUUUCUUGGAAGAAUCUGAAAAUGCCUGGAAUAGUUGUAUUUCGCAGACGUUGGUCUGUCGGAUCCGACGACCUCGUCGUUCCCAUGAUAUUCAUGAUUGCUGUACAUGUGAGCUGGCUUGUGUCCAUGGCGAUCGUGCGCGGCGUCGUGCCCUUUGACCCCGCCCACGAAUGCACGGUCGACCUCCGGGACCUGAUCCUCGGCCAUAUCGUGAUCGUGUCGGUGAGCAUUGUCCUGGAGACGGUCAUCGCCAUUGUGAGUACCCGGGGCAGCAUCCUCACACAGUCCCCAAGGGCCAGCAUAGAGUACCUGCUCUACGCCAGGCUAGUUGUGGGUCUUGUGGAGCUUGCCUGGCUUAUACUGGGCGCCGUGUGGGCGUCCCGCCAUUACUCAACGUGCUCACCAGCGGCCGCCAAAGAGGCGCUAUUAGGUGUCAUGGUGUUUAACUGGCUCAUGGUCCUCCUCUUGUUCAUCUGCCUGUGGUGCUCCUUCGACUCAGCGGGCAGGAAGUGGGUCAAGAUGAAGAAGUUCCAGGACAGUCUCAAGGAGAGACGCCAGGAACGCCGAAGGGGGAAUAACCGAAAGCAGUCUGGCAGUCGUCGAAAUUGGCGCCAACGAUCAAAGAUACUGCGAGAGUUUUUCUAUAAGCGAAUGCAAAGGAAAGCGUUUCGUGCUUACGAAGAAAGCUGGGAUCGGAGACUACAGCUGCUGUGUUGCUGCGUGGAAAGGAAAGGCCACAACAGAAAUUCCAUGAGCGAAAUAGCGGCGCUGUUCACCGACUUUUUCCGUGACCUGGAUGUGGUACCUUCGGACAUUAUAGCAGGUCUUGUUUUGCUCAGAAAACAUCAACAGCAGAGGAUGAACGCCAUAAUAUCACAGAUGCUGCUGCUGUAAGAAGCAACAGAAUGUUGAGAUAGUGGAGGACAACUGCUGCCUGUGCAAUUUCAGCACUGCCAAACAGAUGUGCGGCUUACAGGAGUUGGACCUUGUCUACUGCACCUACCAUGUUGAUAUUGGCGAGACGCCAUUUUUCGUUGCCCUGGACCAUGUCUACAAGAAAGUUGUGGUAGCUGUCAGAGGCACACUGUCUCUUCAGGAUGUUUUGACUGACUUGAAGGCUGAGCCAGAAACUCUACCCAUCAACACGCCACGAGACGAUUGGCAGGGACAUAAGGGGAUGAUUCAGGCUGCCGUGUAUAUCAAGAAGAAGUUGAUAAAUGAUGGCAUUCUUCAAAUGGCAUGGGAGAGAGAUGAGGCCUUUACGAAUAGCUCAGACUGGUUGAAAUCGGAGUGUGAGACUGCCAAGUACGAGCUGGUCCUGGUGGGCCACUCCCUGGGAGCAGGGACAGCGGCUAUCCUGGCCAUCUUGCUGAAGGCAGACUACCCCAACCUGCACUGCUACUCCUACAGUCCCCCAGGCGGUCUCCUCACGCUACCAUGUGUUGAAGAGACGAAGUCAUUCAUCACAUCAGUAGUGGUUGGUAAAGAUUGUGUUCCGAGAGUUGGGUUGCCGCAGCUGGAAGUGUUGAGGACCGACAUACUGAACCAGAUCAAGAACACAUCAGAAGCAAAGUGGAAAAUAAUCUCCAAAGGCUUGAUGUGCUGCAGUCGCUACGACAACGCAAUGCUCACUGAAGAGCAGUUGGAGCGUGAUGUGACUGCCCACCCAAGUAAUUCAGCCAUCGGUCUCUCAGCUCACAUGCCACUGUACCCGCCAGGGAACAUGAUUCACGUGGUCAGGAGUCACCUCAAAGACAAAGGGGGCAUAUUCAAGAACUCUGAGCCAAUUUUCCAAGCAGUGUGGGCAAAUAAUGGAGAUUUUGACGAAGUGCUUGUCUCACCCACCAUGAUCAAUGAUCACAUGCCCGACAAUGUUCUGGAGGCACUUGAAAAGGUGGUGCUAAAAGUUGCACCUGAAAAACCAGCUCACACUUUGACAGAAGAGGAACGUCGUGAGAUGUUGGCUCAUCCAUCCAUGUCCUCCCUGGCUACACCCACAAACUCGGAGCCUAAUGGAUUUUCCGACAUGUCCAACAGGAAUGCUGUUGGCUCAGAUGAGAGCGACGUUCGCUUCAAUGGUGGUAUCAGUAAUGAUGGAGAAGGGUUGAUUUACAAAGAUGAGAAGUCAGCUGUGUUUGGUAUACCUAACAGUGAAACUGAAGAAAUGGUGAAAGCACCACUCGCAAGUCCGGAAACAUUGUCCAUGGCUUCUGGUGUAACAGCGUUCAGUCCAAGCACUAGCAUCAAUGGCCGUGACAGUUUACGGCAAUCGCUACAUAGAUGUGCGGAGAAGAGGAUGGACAGCCCUAGUGAGCUGGUUCACGAAUGUGAAACUAGUAAUGCUCCAGCAAAGCACCGCAAUGAUAGCAGUAAGGGGAAAGCAAACUCUCCUCAUGUAGGAAAAUCAGGUAAAAUGGAUAGCAAUUGUUUGCCAAAUAAUGAUGUGGAGUCUGCUACUACUUCUGGUCAGGAAGACUAUACAGUGAGACUUCGGUCUGGUAACACAUUUUCUGUGAAAGCAGAUAUUGUAAAUGAACUGGUAAAGCAAAACAGCAAUCCUGCCUCAUCUUUGCAUGAAGGUGAGCAGCGUGCUCCUGCCCAAGGUGAAGGUGAUCCUGCCCUAAACCCUGGCUGCACUGCCAUCAUAGAACCCUCUUCCCAUACACACUUUGUCAACCCUAUUCAUCAUAAGUUGACAGGCAAUCCUUCAGAUAAUUCCAGUGGGCAGUUUGAGGAUGGUUCAGUACAGCUCAACAUUGAAGGCCGCGAGGGGCGGCCCACAGUUAUAGAUCCUUCUCUUCAACCCGGUGAAGGAUUCCCACCUGACAGCGAUCCCGCCUCUACCAACAUGCACCCGUACUCCCGCCAUUCACCACUGGAGUCAAAUCAACAUGAGUACGCUCAUCCUAAUGUCUACUACUCCCAGGCUGGUAUUGGAUACCCCCACAAUGCUUUCCACCCCCCUCUUCGGUACAACUCCUAUCCUGGGGACACCCCAAAUGAUGGGGAUGAGCCUGAUAAUGGUGUUGACUCCUGUGAGAAACCUCUCAUAGAAGACUCGGAAUCGGAGAACAAUAACCUCAAUCCUGUGAAAUCAAUGCAAAGAAAGCCUUUUAAACACGCUGAGUCAGAAUCCAAUCUAUUGUCAAAAAACCGAAAAAUUCCUGGAAUGAGGCGCUCUGCAGAACAAGGUGAUAUUGUGCAUUUGUGUGACAAUAUUGAGAUCUUUGAACAAGAAGAAGACAAACUUCGAUUGUGUAAAUCUACUUUCACUCUUCAAGAGGAAGAAGAUGAAGACAUUGUAAAUGACAGUAAGACAGCCCUUCUGUCAACCACCAAAGGGAAAUCACCCAAGCCCAGCGUCUCGUUCGGUGACAGUACAAUUAUUCCUUCUGUUGAAGGAGAUCGCCUACACCACAGCGCUUCUCCGACGGAUGUAGAUCAGAGUAGAGGAAGUGUAAAUUGUGAACCCUCAGCUCCAGGUGACCACAGGGCCAACCAGGAUCUUCCAGCUGUUCUUUUGGAUCAGGAUACGUCAAACCUUAUGUUGCAAGAAACACACUUAUGAUACUAAAUAGAAAAUAUCUUGACUUUCAGACAUUGUAAAUUAUUUCUAGAUUGGUAUCCACAAACUUUGUGCGUCAGCAUUGUUUUGAACCUGGUGUGAAGUUUUAUCUGUCAAAACUAGUCAAAUGUGGGCCAUGUAAGUAAGGUAUAACGUAGAUUUCUCAUUGGUGGUGUAAUACACACAGAGAAGUAAAAUGUUGGUCAUUUAAGGUGAGACACAGCUGAGUAAAAUGUAAGUCACAUAAGGUGUAUUAUGAAUGAGAAAAUUGUAGUGAAUAUUUGGUGUAAAGUAGAUUAUUCAAAUUCUGUCAAGGUGUGACUGAUACCUUUUCUGCUCAAAUUCGAAGGUAACUGUUGAUCCCAGGUUCAUUGUUUGCUAAUUUUUCAGUGUGCUUUGACUUUUUCAAUUCUUAAAAUGAACUUCUUGACUGAUUCUUGAUCCCAUAAUUAAAACGCUGACCCUGCUGAUUUUUCUGGAUGUGAAAAGAAUGACAGGAAUAAGAAUUACAAAGUAUGUUUAAGUUUUAUUUUUGCAUGGAGAUCAAAUUGUCUUAGAAGAUAUUUUACCUGUCAAUCUCAUGGCCUUUGAUUGCACAUUUCGAAAGCUAGCAAAAAAUAAUUAAAUUGCACAUAGAUCUAAUUUUUUUUCUGUGCAAGUAAACCUAGUAAAUAUUUUAAAAAUUAAAAGUUGUUGGUAUCUGUUAAUUUUAGGGCCACUGGAAUUGAUUGCAAUUUAUUACAGCCUUAUUAACAAAAAUGUGUUUACUUAUUUCUAGCCAAUGAUGCUUCUUCUUUUCUUACUACUUAUGUAUUAAAUAUUUUUCGUAAUGUGAAGAAGGGCAGGUAAAUUAUGUCUUUAACAGAUUCAUAUGGAGCUGCUCAAGAAGAGAUCUUAAUGUGACUUCUUAUGGCAGUAUUUGUCAUAUAUUAUAUUUUUUAGCAGAGUUUUCUUUAUAAAUGAAUGAAUGAAAGCAUGGUGAAAGUUUUGAAAGUUGUUCAUUUUAGUAAAUUUUGGAAUCUCACUUUUGAAUGCAUGAAGAAAAGCAAGAUGUAACUGUGCACUGUGCAUAUCAAGCUUGACAUAUUUUAUAUGCUCUUCCAUGGCUGUGAAUUCAAAUAUGAAACUGUUUAUAGCAAUGACUGAAUUAUUUAUGUAUGCUCCUUAUGGUGUUGUGUCUUCUUUUUCUAGAAAGUAUUUGAAGACUAUAGGGGGGGGGGGGGGGGGGGGCAGAGGAUAGUAGUCAUGAUUUUUUUAUUUUUGUCACUUGCCAUCUUGAUCUAUUGUUUGACUUGAUUCGUUUUGUCAUGAGUAUUAUUUUCAUUUAUUAGAAAGGGUUGUAGUGUUGUCACGACAUGUUGACAACACUUUUUAAACAGCCAUAUAGGAAAGAAUUAAUGAUAGUAUUCCAUAUAUAUUCCAGUGGUUUUCAACAAUUUUUCUUUCUGUGACUGCUUCCUUUUUUUCCCUUGUAGUCUUCAUUUACUUUAAAUGUCUGUUAAUUGUAAAGAAAAUAAAAAUUGCAUCAUGCUUGAAAUGCAAAGAUAUCAUUUUUUAAUAGUCAAGCUUUGAAUUCCAUAGUUUUUCUAACAAGCACAGGUAGAAAGUCAUCUGUGAUAACUGUGUCAUUAGUGUAGCAAGUAAUCACCAUCACUCAUUAAAGCCAUUUUUCUCAAAUACCUUACGCACGCUGUUGCGAGCGUCGUAAAAUCUCUACUAAAACAAACAAAAGCCAUUGUUUUCCAGGGGACAGGAAAACAUUUUUCCUUACUAAUAUUACUAGCACAACCUCACAUUGACGUGACUGUAUUUUGUAAUAAAUAGUUUAGGCUCCCUUCAAUACAAUUUAGAUCAUUGUGAGGACCAGCUGCUUAGAUCCUGAUUGUCAAGACCAACUCAGGCUAAGUGGUACGUAGCAUCUCAGCAGAAAGAUGGAGAUUAUCGAUAAAAUAGAUUCCUUCUCCCAGGAAUAAAGCUUAAAUCUUUUGUAUGCAAUGAUAGUAAGCAAGUCAUUACAUCACAGAAGCUAGUUUGUGUUAACAGCAACUUGUAAAACCGUCAGGGUAAUAUAAGAGCUGGAGUGUGUGUAGUUGCAAAACUACUGUACAGUUGAAUACCAAUGCUGAGGCAAGAAAAAUGAGUUACUGUAUUAGUGUCACGACGAGGUGGAAUCAGGCACUCUUCACUUUUCGGGCAUGUGGAGUUUUUGGGAUCAUCUUGAAGCUUGUUCAUUUGCGUAACUUUCAAUGAAAAAAUUACCCACCUCUCUUGAAUAGAAGUCGAGAUAUUUAUGAUUGAAGGAGCUGGGGGUCACCUGCUUGCAGAAGUAAAAUUAGAGAGAAAAUGGCCGCCAAAGGUUGGCGACUUCCAUAGAUUGAGAGACUUUGGAAACUGAAAAUUUUCAUUUUUUUCAUUUUUAAUCAACGGUUUUCAGAAAAAGCAACACAAGAUGUGGUUUUUAAAUGAAAGUUGUUGAGCCAAAAAAGAAAAUUCAAAAAAAAUUGUCAAACGGUCGGAAAUAUGCAGUUUUCUUUGAUUUCAUUAUUUUGACGAGCGGCUGAUUUCGCUACGAUGCCUCACAUUUGUCUUUGCUUUACAGGGUGAUUGAAAAUCAUUGAGUAAACUGUACUCAGUUUAUUUUGUGGCACAAACAAUUAUUGUUUGUUAUCUGUAAAAAUCAAACAUGGCUUUCCGUUAGUCAAGUUAAAUUCCUUCUUAUAAGAGCUAAUCCAAAAUGUACUCUUUUUUUAAACAAGCAAAAAUAUUAUCUGAAUAUUUUUACAGUUGUGAUGAUGAUUGCAUGCAACACUGAAGAUGUACUUGUAUUGAAAAUCAUUGUUUGUUGAGCCAGUUAACAUAGCAUGGUUGCUUACGGACUUGGCUUACCUGUAGAAAAAUGAAGUCCUUUUUGUGGGUUUUCUUUUUUUUUGUCAGUCUCAGACAGUCUGUUAUUCCUAGUGAGCUGAGAAUGUAAUGAAUCAGAAUCUUCUUCAAAUACAAUCAGAAUUGUCCGAGGUGGCCUCCCAUUGUCGAGGAGAAAAGUGGUUGUCUUAGACAGUGUCUUUUUGACAUAAAAAAUGAUUGGGGAAGAGUAAGAAGUAGUUGUUUUGGACAGGAGGCGGUUAAAGUAGAUUAGACUGUAUUUGUCUUAACCCUCUUGCUGCCAGGCUUGUUAUAUUAUUCUUACCAAUGCAAUGAAACAGGCUAAGGCUGUGCAGUAGGGGUAUUAAUAAUAUAAUUAUUCAUACCUCAGCGCCUCUUGCACAAAGAAAAGUUAAGACCCCAGUUAUGACACAGUAGAUGCUGGUACUUGUUUGGUCAAUAACAGUCAGUUUCAUCAUCCAUCAACAGACUUAACUGUACAGAUUAUCUACUGGUAAUGUUCAGAUACUGAAUAACCUUCUUCAUAAGCAAGAACAUAAAAAGGUCUUUAUCGUGUAUGUACUCGUGUCAAAAUGACCAGUGAGGCUUUACGUUAAACCUAUGGGCCAGAGCUUGUGCUACCUUUUCUCUUCUAAUUCUAAUGAUGGUAAAAAUCUAGUGGUCAACCCAAGGGAAGUAAGGUGCACUGUUCCUAUAGGUUAAAGAGACCAAGCCUGAAAAAGUUUUUAAAGUAAAAAAAAAAAAAAUAUCACUUUAGUGCAAUAGAUCCAUGAACAAGCUUGAGCAAGACGACAAAUCCCAUCCUGUGCACUGAAAGCACACUUGACCUUCCCGUGGUACUGGCCUAUGUCAGUUAAUUCCAAGGAGCCCAGGUGCCCAGCUUCUGUCAGUUUAAAUGGGAGGGGGGGGCUCAUAUGGUUCAUUUGAAAGUUUCUGUUUUUUAAGUUUAUUGUAAACAACAACAAAAAGCCUCAAACUUUUAUAAAUUAUCUUAAAAGUAUGAAACAGUAUUUAGGUGAAACAGUAUGAUUGAUUUUUUCAUCAUACUCCAAACUUAUUUAUGCACGUUUUAUGGUAAAUUCAUGAACUGUUAUAAGGUAUUCUGCAAUUUAACAUCUAUGAACAGUUAUUGUUCUCUUCCCAGUGACUUUGUAUCAGGGUUCAUUUUUAUUUUUAGCAAUUUGAUUACUUAAAAAAUAUGCCUGACUUUUCAUUGGUGGGAUUGAAAUGUACAGUUUCAGGUUGUCAGAACUUUGUCCUCCUUUGCUCUGACUAUUUUUAUAUUAUGGAAGCUUUGACAUUUCGAUUUCUUGGAAUAUCAAUAGUCAGUUGGAGAUUGAGGAGAUAUGAAUAUAAGAAUGUUAGGUCAAAGGCUGUUUAAGAAAAUAUGUUUCUUGUGGAGGUAAAGGUAAUCAGAAAAUCUAAAUUAUAUAUAGCAUUUUUCUGGAUUCGUUUCAGUUUCACUUCAGAAUAAUGAAAAUAAAAUGACGUUUGUCUUAACUAUGUUUUACCAGUUUACCAAUUCUAGUCAUUGGAGCAGCUUUUAUUCUGACUAAGGUAGCUCUUUCGUCUUGCUUUUAAAUGAGACCGAGUGCUCAUGUUGAAAACUGACUUCUUCUUAUUCUGUUUUUUUUUGUUGAUUUUUUUUUUUAGCAGUAUAAGAUGGAGUUAGUUUUUUUAGUGUAAUGAUAUGACAAUUUAUUUUGUUCAAAGAGAUUUUCAUGAUGUGAUUUUUGCAUGUCUUUUCAUGAAACAGGUUGUCUUAGCAACCACCACUUUAGGUGCAUCUGAUAUUAUGAUACAAGCACCUUUACACACACAUACAGGCACACAUACAUGCACACACAUACACACACACAAGUACACACUUAGGCCUACAUGCAUACUCACGUGACACAAUACACACUCACACACAGGCACACACAUGGCCACACAUAGACACUCAUACACUCAAACACACACAUACAGACACAAAUACACACAGACAGACACACACAGACAAUCAUACACACAUACACACCACACACUCUCACACACACAUACACACAGACACACAUAUAUAUAUAGGUAUGUAUAUUUCUUAGAUGUUAAUGUGUGUGGUAUUUUAGAAUCCCAGAGUGAAGUUAGUUUUAUAAGUACCUGUGCAGUAUAAGUGCAAUAGGAUUUCUUGCGCCCACCGGACAUGGAAUGACAGUUAGCCAUUUCAUUUGUUGUACAUGUGUCACAACUGAACUUUGACUAUCACAGCUGUUUAGAAAUGACUAGUUCAUUUGACAUUGUAUCCUCCAUUGUAAACAGCCCUGUACAAAAAUACAUUAAGAACUAGUCUACAUAGGGUUUCUACGAUAACAUUAAACUCAUUCUCUAUACUGGAAAUAAUCUACAUUUUUAGCCCUUUCCAUCGUCUGAGAGGCUACAUGCUGAAACAAAACCUCCACAUUUCUGAAUUCAUAUAUGAGGAUCAUUAUAAAGACUUACAAUCAUAAUUAUAGAAGGUUCUUUGAUCCAUGCUUAUACCCUGAGUUUGUGCUACUUUCAAUUCAAUGAAAGGAUAAGACUCCUGAAAUUACGUCCAUUGCUGAUAAGACUGAGAAAUGAAACCUUAAAUAUCUUUAAAACAGUAAAUAGGUCAUCUGUUUUGUAAAAGCUUUUUAACCAAUUUGCGAGCUUCAUAGUUAAAUUUUAUCAAUAGAGAUGGCAACGUCUAUAGUGAUUUUUGAGUUACAUAAUGUUAUGAUAUUUCCAUAGAUAUGUCACUUAUUUCCUUGAUUUUCACAUCAGUUUUCUUUACUUUACCAAUCAGUUUCAAUCAUUGAAGCUCUCUGUUUACUGUUUCUCUCAAUGCAUUUCUCAACUUCACACUAGACCAUUGAGGGAUGUUGUCCCUGUCUCUCUUUCUCUGGCUCCUUCCCGAUCCCCCGUGUGCUGUACACUGUUAGACACUUGUCACUUAGUCUGAGAUGUGCCCAAGCCACUUACCUCUUUCACUACCAGGAGCUGUGUUUCAACUGUUGAGGAAAAAUAUGAUUACGUUAAGACAAAUGGAUACAAACUGCUGUAUGGGGGACAUUGAUUCACCCGUUAGAGAUAUUUGAGGAUAAGUUGCGCUACUAAUUUUGACCACACUAUAAUCUGAGGCACUGUCAUCCUCAAAGAAAGCUUGCUUUAUUGCAUUUUCUACCUUUACCACUUUACUGCAUAAAGUUAAAGUAAAGUUAAAUUUAGGAUCAAGCACUCCAAAGUCAAGUCUGUGCUCCUCUACAGCUGCGAAACUUGGAAGGCAACAAAGACAGUACUGAAUAAAGUCCAGACUUUCAUCAACUGAUGUAUGAGGAGUAUUCUAAGAAUUUAGUGGCAAGAUAGAAUAAGAAAUGAAGAGCUGUGGGAAAGGACAGGACAAAAGGAUAUAGAAGUAGAAAUAGGACUAAGAAUGUGGCGAUGGAUGGGACACACCUUAAGAAAGCCCAGCGGAAACAUCACCAGACAGUCACUGCAGUGGAAUCCACAAGGAGCAUGAGGCAGGGGUAGGCCACGGGAAACAUGGAGGAGAUGCGAGGAAAGGGACAUGAGAGAGAUGAAGCUCACCUGGAAUGAGCUUGGACAGAUGGCUCAGGCCAGAGAUAAAUGGAAGGGGCUUGUAUGUGGCCUAUACCCUGCCAGAGGUGAAGGGCAUUGUUGAUGAUGAUGACUUUACUGGGUAUUUCAAACUUACUAAGGGUAUACUUCAUCCUCUGAAAAUUGUGUAUCUAAAUUCUUCUAAAUGGUUGAUGCUCGGUUGAUUAUGAACUUGAACUUGUUUUAUUUUGUAGAUAUUGGAGAAUUGAUUCCAGUUGGGAUCAGAUUAUUAUUUCUGUUCUUGUGCUAUUUUAACAUCCUCCCAGUAUCGGAUCCUGAACGGGGACCAAUUGUAAGUCCUUGAUCCAACUUUGACCAAUAAAUUGUAUUGUGUCAAGAAAUGCAUGACUCUUAUCAAUAACAUAGACAGUACAAUCAUGAUUAAUAUUGUCAGAUUCUGUAUUUCAAAGAGAACCAUGACAUUACAGAUUAUUAUUGAGUCACGCAGAUUGUUUCUUUUGAAGCAAAUUGUGUCACAACGAGAUGGAAUCAGGCAUUCCUCAAUUUUUAGGUUUAUAAAGUAAUUUGUAUCGUCUUAAAGCUCGUUUAUUUGUCUUGCUUUCGAAAAAAAAAAAUUACCCAUAUAUCUUCAAUUGAAGUCAAGAUAUUUCGGAUUGAAGGAGGUGGGGAUCACCUGGUUUUAAAGGUAAAACUAGCGAGACAAUAUGGCUGCCAAAGUUUCGUUACUUCCAAAGCCUGAAAGUUCCUGGAAACUGUAAAUUAAAAUUGUUUGUACCUUUAAUCAAUGUUUUUCAGGCAAAUCCAAACUGCAAUAUGUUUUUAAAUGGACAUAAUAGGUGUUGAGCUGAAAAAAAAAUUCAAUAAAAAUUGCCAAACAGGAGUAAAAAUGCUGUUUGCUUCAAUUUCAGUAUUUUGACGAGUGCCUGAUUUCACCACGAUACCUUACAAUAGUUGGGUACCAGUAUAGGUCUAGUUCUGAUCAGGGCAGUCUAGUAUAGCCCACUCUGGUCCUGAUUCAUUCAUUUAAUCCUGAAGUUCCUCUGAUAUAGUUGUUCUUUUUACUCACAUUUUGGUUGUUAUUAUCAUCAUAUGUCAGUGUUAUCAUCAUCAUCAUCAUUGUCACCGUCAUUAUUUGUCAUUGCUAUAGUAACUAUCAUCAUCAUUACCCUAACGGUACCAUCUUUCUUGUCAUCUUCAUUGACAUUUAAAUUAUCAUGAAUUCUUCUUUUACUACGAAUAUCAUUAAUGUUGUUGUUGUUUUCAUUGUUGUUGUUGUUAUUAUUGCUAUUAUUAUGUUAUUUUAUUCUUAUUCUUGUUAUUCUUAUUAUUACAUAUAUUAUUACUAUUACUAUUUCUACUAUCAUGAUGAUAACCAUCACCAUUAUCAUCUUUAAUAUUGUUGUUGUUGUUAUUAUUAUUAUUAUUAUUAUUAUUAUUAUUAUUAUUAUUAUUAUUAUUAUUGUUAUUAUUAUUAUUAUCAUUAUUAUACUAUUUUUAUUAUUGUUAUUGUUAUUAUGACUAUUAUUGUUUUCUCAUUAACUGUUUUCAAUUAAUUUAUAUUUAUGUGAAGUCGUAUUUUGUGUACACUUAUGUUACGACUUCUUUGACAAUGAAGUAUGAAUAAACGACGGAUUGCAUAAAA